CGCUUGUUAUUUCCAUUGCAAGUACACAAAGUAAUUACUUUCAGACUGCAACUAUUCAGUACGUGUCCUAUUGACUAUUAUGGCUCUUCCUAAACGCAUUAUUAAGGAAAUCGACACUCUAACGAGAGACCCUCCACCAGGAAUUGAGGCAUCUCCUAUGGAGGAUAAUCUUCGCUACUUCCAAAUUACAAUUGAAGGACCCCAUCAGUCUGCAUAUGAUGGCGGAAAAUUCCACUUGGAGCUGUUUUUACCAGAAGAAUACCCCAUGAUGCCUCCUAGCGUUCGUUUCUUGACUAAAAUCUAUCAUCCCAACGUUGAUAAACUCGGUAGAAUCUGCCUUUCAACUUUGAAAAAGGAUUGGAGUCCUGCUCUUCAAAUUCGUACAGUUUUGUUGUCUAUUCAAGCCUUAAUGGGGGCACCGAAUCCAGAUGACCCUUUGGAUAAUGAUGUUGCUAAAAUCUGGAAGGAAAAUGAGCAGCAAGCCAUUUCAAACGCUCGCGAAUGGACCCAAAAGUAUGCUCUGUAACUUUAGAUUGAAUACGACUUUACUUUUACGAUAUAUAACAGAAAAAACCGUUUGAAAUACAGCUUAAAAAUCUCUCUCGAUACAUAUUUUCUUUAGACAUGAGGAAGUAGAUACUUGACGCUCAAAUAAUGCGGCUAGUCCUCAUCGCAGCAUAGCAUAAAUAUUGAUAUUAAUGGAAAGACAUUUAAUCCUGAAGAGCCUUCAUAAUUCGAGCCGAA